AACAAAAUUAUGCGCCCUACCAUGACCAAAAAAAUUGAAAGGCAAAGAAGGAGAUGACGAAGAGGCUUUGAAAUGAAAUUAAAGUUAAAAUUAGAAUUACCCAUCAUCAAAAACACAAAAUUCCCAAAAUCAGUUCCAAUUCCAAUCCCUCGUCGAGUCAUUGGGCUGUUCGACUGUUGUUUGCUGUUGGUGCCCUAACAAUAAUUUUCUCUCUUAAAACCCUAACUCUCAAACACUCAAACACUCAAACGUUACGUUUAUCGAGAAUUUUCAUUACACAUCAUCAUGGCCCAACCUUCAAUCCCUCCUCCGCCUCUCACCCAACAACAACAACCCCCUGGCCCUGCCGCUGGACCCGCCUCACCUGGUGUUCAAGUGCGCUGCGCCGGAUGUCGAAUGAUCCUCACUGUGGGCCCUGGCGUCACUGAAUUCGUUUGUCCCACUUGCCAGCUGCCACAAAUGCUGCCGCCGGAGCUCAUGAUAAGGGCUAGAAUUAACAAUCCACCGCCUAACCAGUCGGUGCCGGCACAUGGAAUCGAUCCGACCAAGAUCCAACUCCCCUGCGCCAAUUGCAAGGCUAUCCUCAACGUGCCUCACGGGCUGGCCAGGUUUUGUUGCCCUCAGUGUGGGGUCGAUUUGGCUGUUGAUUUGAACAAGAUGAAACAACUCUUUCCGCAUCCGCAGCCCCGUCCACCUCUUCCUCCAGAGGAAGUCAACGAGGUAGCCAUUGAAGUGGAGCGAGAAGAAGAUGAAGGUGGACCAGUGGGAGAAACUUUUACAGACUAUCGACCUCCAAAACUAUCUAUUGGCCCUCCUCAUCCAGAUCCUAUUGUGGAGACAUCUUCCUUAUCUGCGGUGCAGCCCCCUGAGCCCACUUAUGAUCUAAGAAUCAAGGAUGAAAUGGAAAGUUCAAUGGCCUUGUCAUGCCUGCAGAUUGAGACAUUGGUCUAUGCUUGUCAGAGACACCUCCAGCACCUGCCAAGUGGUGCUAGGGCAGGAUUCUUUAUUGGAGAUGGAGCUGGUGUUGGUAAAGGGCGAACCAUUGCGGGGUUAAUAUGGGAGAAUUGGCACCAUGCGAGGAGGAAAGCACUAUGGAUUUCCGUUGGUUCGGACUUGAAGUUUGAUGCAAGAAGAGACUUGGAUGAUGUUGGUGCAGCAUGCAUUGAAGUUCAUGCUCUGAACAAGUUACCUUAUUCAAAGCUUGAUUCAAAGUCUGUUGGGAUCAGGCAGGGAGUAGUAUUUUUGACAUAUAGUAGUCUCAUUGCGUCUUCUGAGAAAGGUCGUUCUCGUCUGCAGCAGCUUGUGCAAUGGUGUGGAUCAGGAUUUGAUGGACUUGUCAUUUUUGAUGAGUGUCACAAAGCCAAAAACUUAGUGCCUGAAGCUGGAAGUCAGCCUACGCGCACAGGUGAAGCAGUUCUAGAAAUUCAGGCUCGACUUCCUGAAGCAAGGGUGAUUUAUUGCUCUGCAACUGGUGCAUCUGAACCUCGCAAUAUGGGUUAUAUGGUCAGGCUUGGUCUUUGGGGAGCUGGAACAUGUUUCCUUGAUUUCCAGAGUUUUUUAGUUGCUUUAGAGAAAGGAGGCGUUGGGGCAUUGGAACUUGUUGCAAUGGACAUGAAAGCAAGGGGAAUGUACGUAUGUCGUACCCUGAGUUAUAAGGGAGUAGAGUUUGAGGUUAUUGAAGCACCAUUAGAAGCUGAAAUGGAGGCAAUGUAUAAAAAAGCAGCAGAGCUUUGGGCAGAGCUGCGCGUGGAAUUGCUGUUGUCAGCAAGUGCUUUUCAUAGUAAUGAGAAGCCUAAUCCUAGUCAGUUGUGGAGAAUGUACUGGUCAAGCCAUCAGCGUUUCUUUAGACACAUGUGUAUGUCAGCUAAGGUGCCUGCUACGGUGAGGCUUGCUAAGCAAGCACUAAGUGAAGAUAAGUGUGUGGUUAUUGGCCUUCAGAGUACUGGGGAGGCACGAACUGAGGAAGCUGUGACAAAAUAUGGUCUUGAACUUGAUGAUUUUGUUUCGGGACCCCGAGAAUUGUUGCUGAAAUUUGUGGAAGAAAACUAUCCAUUACCUGAAAAACCUGAACCUCUCCAAGGAGAUGAAAGUGUUAAGGAACUUCAACGAAAGAGGCACUCUGCAACACCUGGUGUUUCACUAAAAGGAAGAGUUCGGAAAGUUGCAAAAUGGAAACCUGCUAGUGAUGGUGAAAGUGAUGAAGAAUCUGAUACUGAUUCUGGGCACGAGUCUACUGAAUCUGAUGAUGAGUUUCAGAUCUGUGAGAUAUGCAAUAGUGAAGAGGAGAGGAAGAAAUUGCUUCAGUGUUCCUGUUGUGGGAAACUCGUACAUCCUGCUUGUUUAGUUCCACCUAUUACAGAUUUAGUCCCUGAGAAGUGGUCAUGUUAUUCGUGCAAGGAGAAAACAGAUGAAUACAUGCAAGCAAGGCGUGCCUAUAUAGAAGAACUUUUAAAGAGGUAUGAACAAGCUUUGCAGCGUAAGUCAAAAAUUUUGGAUAUAAUUCGCUCUUUGGAUCUUCCGAACAAUCCCUUGGAUGACAUUAUCGACCAGCUUGGAGGUCCUGAUAACGUUGCAGAAAUGACAGGGAGGCGAGGCAUGCUUGUAAGGGCUUCUGGUGGAAAAGGUGUGACUUACCAGUCACGAAACACAAAGGAAGUGACAAUGGAAAUGGUCAAUAUGCAUGAGAAGCAGCUCUUUAUGGAUGGUAAGAAGUUGGUUGCUAUCAUAUCUGAAGCUGGGUCAGCUGGUGUAUCUUUACAGGCAGAUAGAAGAGCACUGAAUCAGAAAAGGAGGGUUCAUUUAACGUUAGAACUUCCUUGGAGUGCUGACCGAGCAAUUCAACAGUUUGGAAGAACUCAUCGCUCCAAUCAAGCUUCUGCACCUGAGUAUAGACUACUUUUUACCAAUCUUGGUGGAGAACGCCGGUUUGCAUCAAUUGUUGCCAAGAGGUUAGAAUCUCUUGGAGCCUUGACACAGGGAGAUCGCAGGGCGGGACCAUCUUUGAGUGCUUACAACUAUGAUAGUUCUUACGGUAAAAAGGCAUUGAUGGUGAUGUAUAGAGGGAUCAUGGAGCAGGAUAAUCUGCCUGUUGUGCCUCCUGGAUGUUCGUCGGAAAAACCAGACACGAUUCAGGAUUUUAUCACAAAGGCAAAAGCUGCUCUUGUGUCUGUUGGAAUUGUUAGGGAUGCGGGUCUUGGGAAUGGGAAGGAUAAUGGAAAGUUUGCUGGCCGAAUAGUUGAUUCAGACAUGCAUGACGUUGGUCGUUUCCUAAAUCGUCUACUGGGACUGCCCCCUGAUAUUCAGAACAGGCUAUUCGAAUUGUUUAUCAGUAUCUUGGAUGUCCUGAUUCAGAAUGCAAGAAUUGAGGGAAAUCUUGAUUCUGGAAUUGUUGAUAUGAAAGCUAACAUCAUUGAAUUACAAGGAAACCCAAAGAUUGUCCAUGUUGAUCAAAUGACUGGGGCAUCAACAGUACUGUUUACUUUCACUUUGGAUCGUGGGGUCACAUGGGAGUCUGCAAGUACCAUGCUUGAGGAGAAGAAGGAUGGACUUGGUUCAGCCAGCGAUGGAUUCUAUGAAUCUAAAAGGGAAUGGUUGGGAAGACGACAUUUCAUUCUAGCAUUUGAGAGUUCUGCUUCUGGAAUGUUUAAGAUAGUCCGUCCAGCUGUUGGGGAGUCAGUAAGGGAAAUGCCUUUGGCAGAACUGAAAAACAAAUACAGAAAAAUUUCAUUGCUAGAGAAAGCUCGCCGUGGAUGGGAAGAUGAAUAUGAAGUUUCAUCUAAACAGUGUAUGCAUGGCCCCAAUUGUAAGCUUGGUAAUUUCUGUACAGUUGGCAGAAGAAUCCAGGAAGUUAAUGUUUUGGGUGGCCUCAUUUUUCCGGUUUGGGGCACGAUUGAGAAGGCCCUUUCUAAGCAGGCCCGUCUCAGUCAUAGGCGGCUUCGUGUUGUACGGCUAGAAACCACUACAGAUAGCCAGAGAAUUGUUGGUCUUCUUGUUCCGAAUGCAGCUGUUGAAACUGUACUUCAAGAUCUGGCAUGGGUUCAAGAUAUUGAAGAUUAAGAACAAGUUUAGGUCAUUCUUCUCUAAAGUGGGAGUUUUUAAGUGAGCUUUGUUGCAGCUUUUUGACGCAUGAAAGGAGACAGGAGAAAGCAAUCCGAACCAGGAAGAUUUGAUCUGCACCGUUCUUUUUGAUUGUGCAGCCUUACUUUUUUCUUCCUUAGCUUCAUUUUUUUCCUCAUAUAAUUUUGUAUAUCAAUAUUUUCACCAGGGGGCAACAGACAAUAAUAGAUCCCUAGGCUGUAUUCAUUGUAGCAAAACCUGAACUAACUCGUAACAAAUGUUCAUUCAAGUUAUUGCUGCAAUACAUAAUCAUUUUUGUUCAA